GCGGUGUUUUGUGUCGGUUUGAUUCCUCUGUUUUCUCUCUCUCUCUCUCUCUCACUUUGUCUAUUUCUCUCUAAAUCUCUACUCCACAGACAGGGAGUGUGAUUCACAGUCUCCCUCACUUUCCCUCUCUUUCCCUUUGCAUGUUGGUUUCCUUUCUCGGUUGACCCCAAAAAACAGAGCCCCUUCAAAACCCAAACUUUCAUUUCAUUUUCUUCUUCUCCAUUGCUCUGAUCUCCUCUUUUCUCUCUGUUUCUGUCUCUCUCUCGUUCCAUCCGUUUCUUCCUACUGCUUUUGUCUUUGUUGUUUUGCAUCAUUCUCCAUCUUGGUUUGGCUUAUUUUGAUCUCUCCUUUACUCACAACGUCACUUGAUCUCUUUCCUUUGUACACCCUGUUUCCCCUAUUUUCUUUUUUUUUUUCUCUUAUCCAAGCUAGCCUUUUGUUUUUCACCACCCAUUUGAACUUCUAGUUCUUUUACGACUUGGGUUGGUUUCAGAUCUUCAAAAUAUCUAGUAAAAAUGCUGGAUCCAAGUGAAAAAGGAUCAGAAUCUGAAGAUCGAAGUAAGAAAUGUCCAGAAGGGGUUUCAGUAAAGGAAACCCAGAAUCAAAGCUUUAGCAAUGAAACCAAGAAAACUUGUGCUGAUUGUGGUACCUCUAAAACCCCUCUUUGGAGAGGUGGCCCAGCUGGCCCCAAGUCUCUCUGUAAUGCAUGUGGGAUCAGAAGCAGGAAAAAGAGAAGGGCAAUCUUGGGAUUAAACAAAGGAGAAGACAAAAAAUCCAAGAGAGGAAGCAACAGUAGUUCAAAAAAUUUAGGAGAUAAUUUGAAGCAGCGAUUGUUAUCUUUAGGAAGAGAAGUUUUGAUGCAAAGAUCAACGGUUGAGAAGCAAAGGAAAAAGUUGGGAGAAGAAGAACAAGCUGCCGUACUUUUAAUGGCUCUCUCCUGUGGUUCUGUUUAUGCUUAAUCAUUUUUUUUGGCUAAAAAUAUAUUUAGAGCAAGAAUAAUAGGAUCUUUAAUGGGUAUCUAACCAUUUUCAAGUGUAAUCUUUGGUGAUUUGUCCUUAGUUUCUUUUCUUGUUAAUUUGUAGUAGUGUUCUUUGUAGUGUUUAACUAACUAUAUUGUGGGAGUUGGAAGAGAAGAAUUUGAGGAAGCAAAGUGUAAGAAGAUGAAGAUUGCAUUCUAUUUGUCCUGACAUAGUAGUAAUUGAUGUUUGUGGGGUUUGAUUUCUCUCAAUUUUGUGUU